AUGGCACAGAACAAAUUUCUCACCCCCUUCAAGGAGAUGUUCUCCUCUAGGGGCUCAACGAUCACACAACAGCAAGACCAUCUCUAUGGCCUCCGCGGACUGCUCGCCAUUGAGAGCUUUCUUUGGCUUUUCCUCAAGACCUUUGUCCCAGCAGUGGUCACGAAUGAAGUACCAGGUCCUGCACACCAAGUCAUUGUUCGCAAGAUACUCUCUGUGCUCUUCUGGAAUGAGAGCCUGAUUGCUUCUUUCUUCAUUAUACUCUCAGCACGCUCUAUAUGUAUCGGUUUCUUACAAGAGCCAACCGCCAAAGCAUUUGCUCGCUCACUGAUCACCCGCCCUAUACGUAUUGGCAUCCCGCUCGCCUUCGCUUUGGCCUUUUCGAUCUCGAUUUUCUCGUCCACCAGCACAGUUUAUAUCGAUGCAGCUGCACUGGCGUUGGAGAACCCCAAUCUUACUGCGCCAUCCAUGCCUUCUACCGCUUUGGCAUCGUUCAACACGAUCUGGGACGUGCUCUGGAUUGUCCGUGAUUUCGGAAAACAAAUGGCAAACCAAGCCUUCCCUGGUGCAACGAUGUGGGCACCAUCGUUGAUCUACUCGCAGAGCUACACAGUCUACAUCGCUAUGGUCAUUCUUCCAUUCACGAGGGCAUCCUGGCACAUUCAAGCAAUCACAAUCUUCAGCAUCGGAUCGUUCUGGUUCAACUCCUGGGGAUGGUACUCGGCAGCUGGCCUUUUCGUCGCCGAUGUAUCUCAGAACCAUGAUCUACGCGCUCGUCUGGCUCGAGGUAUCAAGAUUACAGAGGGCAUCACAUUCCCCUAUUGGAUACUGGCCAUGUUUUCUGUCGUCCUGGGCCUCACCCUGAAAUACCUCUGGGUAGCUGCACUGCCUCAGCAUCUUCGAGCCGAGCUAGUUCUGCAUCCUAGCAUCCAUCUCACCCAAGGCCUGACCGUCCAGACUUUCAACGAGGACCAAGCCUACGCUCGACUGGACGACUAUUUAAUCGUGGUCGGUGUUCUGUUCCUUCUUGAACUGUCGAGCCGAAUGAGAUCAGUCCUCUCAUCAAGACUACUGGUCCAGCUCGGGAAACGAUCAUUGAGCUUGACCGCUGCGUUUGCCGAGGCUUUCUACUGGGUUAUGGAGAAGCCAUCGAUGUGGUUUGCUAAACACCUCUUUGAGUGGAGCAGAACUUGA